CUGUACUGGAACGGAGUUCAUUCACAUCCAGCUUCAGCUUCCUGGCUACUUGCUGCACACGGUCAUUUUACGGUAGAUGUUGGCCAGUUCUUGCUUUGUCCAAAGUGCCCAGCCUUUGAGCUCACCGUCUUCAGAAUCUUUCUUUCCAGAUCUAGAUGGCUACCUACGUUGAUUGCGUCCAGGGACAUAGUGGUCCUCAUUGAUCAUCACAUUAGGAUGAGGAGCUGGUGUCAGGAAAGAAAACACAAGUAGCAAGCUGCACAGAUCAGCGAGAGCCUUCAUUUCACCUGAGUCCUAAAGCGCGGCAGCAGAGCUGAGCAGAAGUAGGUCGACGUCCUCUUUCAAGGAAGGUCCCAGGUGGUGAACGAUCAUGAGUGGUACUCAUGGUUCCUCUUUAGGUGCCAGCCCAAUCGCCACACUUUCAUCACCAGUUUGCAAGGGUCAGUCUCGAUCAACCAUAUUGCAAACCACCAACAUUCGAGACCACAACCUCUUCUGUUCUUCACAGAGGGAGAGCCGCAAGUCCACAGUCCGUUCCCAACCCAGCCGCAGGAGGGCUCCUCUUAGGAGAUGGCAUCCACCUAGUCAGCAGAGCAGAAAGGUUUCCGCAGCUCAAGAAAGCUUGACGGCCGGUCAAGCUCUUAGUAGAAGUGUAUGCUCUUUGGGGUUCGCACUUUCUGUUCAUUUGUCCAGCACGUCAACUGCGCUGGCUUCAGAUCCUUCUUUCUUGGGUGAUGUUGACGACAUCAGACAUGGCCUGGAGGCUUUUGACUGGGCUGGCUGGGCAGACUGGCACGAGUCUCCCUUGGCAACUGGUGUGGUCAAUAUCUGGACGCAGUGGACUGCAGCCCUUGCAUCAACAGCACAGCCCUUUGAGCUGCGGACUGGGGAAUCCUCGUCCAGUUUGCUUUUCUAUCUGAGCGUGGUGUUGCUCCUGUGGGGCUUGACGGCUCAGCCGAAACAAUGAUCCCGACAACCAGUAGGCCUAGGCUUUUGCUUCCAUCCUUCACAAAGGAGGUUGCGGUGUUGGUGCGGAUCUGGCUAACUUGAGCGGUACCAGUGGCUAUAUGUAGAGUGAUUCAAUUAUCAGGCUUUUGUACCUCUGUGAAUUUAUACGAGGCUCAUAAGGUUUGGAUGUUGUCUUUUACAAUCUACCUGCCGCGCACAUGUACGGUGCCCAGCCCAUAUCUACCCCCAAUUCUGACCCCACCCGUCUCUGGCCGG